UCCCUACUUCUCUCUCAGCCCACACUCUAUAUCCCUCUCUCUCACUCCUCCUUUUUCUCCUCACUAUCACUACUCUUCCCUGCUCCACUCUUAUCUCUGUGGGUCACCCUCUCGCAGACUCUCAAUCCCUCUACACGGCACCUUCCCCACCCCCUCCUCUCGGUUCCUCUUUAUCAGCUGCUGAUCUCGUGUUUUUUGGUGUCGGUCUGACUCACUUGUCAAAACAGGCUUCCUCUGACAACGGUUACUUCUCCUUUCUGAGCUCAGAGAUGCAGAGGAUCCUCGACGGAAUGGACGACAGCGAGACCUACAUGAAUAAGAAGCCCACAAAAACUGACAUACAGGCUCCUUCCCGAGACAAUCUGAACUCCACCUACACCGAGCUGAACAUUCGGAAAGUCGAACGCCUCACCAAUACACAAACAGAUGGACUGGACCCCACCUACUCUCAGCUGAACCUUCUUCACAAUGAUCUUCUCAUCGCGAAGGAAGAAGAUCCUCCUAUUGCUUCGAGACCAGGAGAAAUGCCAAUGACUGCUCAGGCAGACGGUCUGAACUCCAUCUACUCAGCGGUGAAGCUACCGGAAGACGAACUUCACAUCGAUGAUUAUGACGUUCCUCCCAUUGCCUCCGGACCCGCCGAAAUGUCACAGACAGGUGCGCAGAAACAGGAGCCGAAGCAGAACAUCGGAAAUCGAUCCGUCCGUAAGAUCUCCGUACUCUGUCUCGUUACGAUCGGCCUCGUCGCGAUGGUGGCCGGGCUUUCGAUCUAUGUAUCGCAGACUCGACUGUCUCUGAUCACCGCCGACCGAAACUACCGGAGACUUUGGGAACAACAUCAGGAGAUGAACAGGACCCAGCGCCAAUAUCAACAGCAUGUCCAUGAGUUGAACACAACCCUUGAAUCCAGGACAUCCGAGAACUCCCACCUGGAUCUCUCUCAGAGAACCUGUCUGAAUAGUCUUUCCGCCAUGAACAACAACCUGACUAUUCUCGAAAACAACAUUUCCGUCCUCAACUCGGAUCUCUCGGAGCUGAAUCGAACGCACAACGAUCUCCGUUAUCAGUUCAAUCAGCUCGAAAUGAAGUACAGAAACAUCACCGAAAACAAAGCUCAGAUUUGCCAAUACCUUAUCAGGAGAACAG